UGAUUGUCUUUAGUAACAGCGUAAGUGCAAGACGUGAAAAAAAAAAUCUCCCGUGAAAACCAGCAGAAAAAUGGAAAUUGAAACGAAAGAGGAGCUUGUAGAAAUAAUUGUUGCACAGGACGAAUUAUCCGAUGAUGCUGAUCCGGAUGUUCCCGAGAAUGAAGCCCUUCGGUAUUUGGUUACCGAAAGUUGGGGCUUGGAUGCAACUGUGUACGAGAUUCUAAUUGCUCAUGGUUAUACAAUGGAUUACCUCAAGAUUUUGGACGAAAAGGCUCUUAACGAUGUGUUCUCCAUCACAAAAUGGACGGCUCAUAAACAUGCACUCCGUCGAAGACUAAUAUCGUGGGAUGAAAGUGUGCUUUACCAAGAGGCUGGUUCAGAAACCGUAGCUAAAACAAGUACCAUAACCACCGACCAAAGCCCACCAUCGGAACCAAAGGAUCGGAAACUUCUUCCGACGAAUGUUACCACGGCUCUUUUGGACAACAUUUUGCAGCGAAAUGAAAAAGGAAAGAUUGUUUCGAAAUACUACCAACUUCAGCAUCGGCUCGAUAAGCAACAUCGCAAAUACUUGGCGCACACAAUCGUGGAUUAUUACAUUGCAAACCAAAAAUAUUUUUCGCUACCGGAUAUGGAAAGAUUUGCCGAGCUCAUUGUGGACCGUUUUCCUCCAGAAAUAGCUAUGACAUAUUACAAUCCGCGUAAUAUCUGUGCAAAUAAAAGGCACCCAUCCGGUAUGUUGUACGACCGUUUUCACAACAGGAAGAAAAGUUGUAUUACAAGCAUUUCUAACGUACCAAAAGUUGAACCAAGUUUUCAUUCAGAACAAAAGCUGGCGGCACUGGAAUUAUCUGCAACAGAAAUUCGUCGGUUGGAGUCAAGUAAAACUUGGCUUCGAAACAAUUGUGCACCUGGUCAUCUAGUACUGAGCCAGUGGAAACAGUCAAUUCUACUGCGUUUGAGAAGUAUUCACCUCGACAAAGACAUAAACAAAUCAACAGUAAUGUCUGAGUGGCCUCGGUACCUUGAUGAAGACGGCUACUUACUGGUUGAUGUCGACUUUGAUUAUCUAUUUCAAAGAACAGGCAAGUCUAACAAGCUGUUGGAAGAAUGGGAAUCAUUCUGCUCGAUUUUUCUUGAAUACCUUUCCUCAGGGGACGUCAGGGACGAUAAUUCACGUCAGCUUCUUUGUAGGCUUGAAGAAGACGAUCACCCAGAAGAUACAAGAGACUUUGUCCUUUGUGUAGCAUUCCACGGUCUCGUCAAACCAGUAAGAGCAUCAUCAAAAAAGCUUUCAACAAUUCUUCAAGCACAAAUCGAUACUUGUAACAUUUGUGAAACCCAAGAAGAACUUAUUGAAUCGCUGAAUUCGCAAAGAAGUGAGCUGGAAUCAAAAGGCGUACAAUUUUCGCCAAGAAUUUACGCUGUUGGUCAAAUCGACAAUUUUGAGGGUUUUUUUGUCGUAACUAAUAAGCUGGUCUACAAGCUACCAUCUCUCAUACGUUGCCUGGACGUUGUCGUAAAGCUGAAGUUUGCCUUGGAUCUGCAGUUCCCGGAGAGCAGUGAACUGUUCUGGGUGUUUGUCAGUAAAUAUUUUUACGAUAUUGACUACACUCAAAAGUCGAAAAACACACAAAUAUUGCAGUUGCUUGCCUUCCUGGAAUCACACAAGAAAUGAAGUGCCUUCUGGAUCACCUAACAUUAAUUCAUGAAACACCAUCUAAUUUCAAACACCAUUCAAAUAUAAAUGCUUAACAUGUGUUCCAGUAACAUAAUUUCCUGAUAUAAACCGUACCAAGAGGCAUAGAAAACCAUAUGUGCAGAGUUCUGCAAGACUGCUGCUAGCAAAGUGAUCUAUAAUACACCGUUAGCGAUAUAACUUCCGAAGUUCGUGAAAUAUGAAAUUAUUCGAAAUUCAAGAUGUAUUAUUAACUUCAAAUAAAUAUUUGGACGCAGUAUGUUAAGAAAAAUAUUUUUAAAAUUUUUCUCUCUCGAUUCUACAUUUUAUUUAAGGUCAACUUUCCCAAAGAACCAAAGAACAUUGGAUCAAUUCUUCAGCCCGGUUCACACGUGCAGCACUUUUUAAGUUUUUGUUUUUUUAAAUAGUUUGAGGCUUCAAAAAUGUGGUUUCUUUGAGAAGUUGACCUUUAAUGAGUCAAAAAAUUGACUGGCAAUAAAACGAGAAAGUUUUGAUGGGGCGAACUGAACAUUCUACAUGGAAGUAGAACUGACACCUUCAAAGUAAAAAACGUAAAUUCAAAAUCAUCAAAUCAGGACAUAUUGUGUUGUUUUCGUGUUACCACGGUGCGUAAUUAUAAAUCGUUAGGAAAAGACCAGCAGUAGACAGAAAUACUAUAGAAGCCGAGAUAGGAGCAAUAGUGAACGUCGAAAGUGUGUAACAAAAAACGAACGGUCAUGUUCCCUGAUUGAUAAAGUUGAUUGGUACGACACAUUGUGUAUUAAGAAGCGUCCAUAGCUUACGUAACGCAUAAAGUGGGGCAACUUGUGGGGAGGGGUCUUGUAACAAGUGUGACUAUCUAUAAAAAAAAUCAGAUGCUAAAUAAAAAAGUUUGGUUUUGGAGUGAUCAUAUAGCCUUUACGUAUACUCAGUAUACGAGAAAGGCAAAAAGUUCGAUGUACAUGUGUGAAAGGGGUAUUCAUUUGCGUUAUGUAAUUAAACUUAUUUUAUUCAUGAAAUUUUCUCUAUAGAAAACGUCCAUAAAUGACGACGCCUAAAAAGAAGGAAAAGUAAAAUAGGUUACGAUAGCAUACCAUUAUGAGUUUAAUUAAUUUCAUAGUUUAUAAGGGUGUCCAAUCUACAAAGUGACCUUCACGAGAGUAGUGAAAAAUAAACUAUUUAAAAAUCGUUCUAAUUGAUUGGAAUUUACUUAUUUUCAAUUCGAUCAAAUAUAGAACUGGUGGUUGUAUGAGUAUCAUGUAGUUGAUAUAAAUCUGAAAUAUAUUCAAUUUGAAACAGUUCAUAUUGAUUAAAAAUUUAGGGUGUGCAAUCGAAACUGUCCAUAUUGCCUCUAGUCUAGAAGCUAGCCUCUAGUUAACAUAUGUACUUCUUUUGUUAUACGGGACAUAUUAAAAUCGUUGUUGAUAAGAUGAUUAUUCGAUGGGUCACCCAUACAUGUGUAUACCGUAAAUAAAAAUAACUUUAUAUGGCUGGAGAAAUACUUUUGUAAAUAAAAUUUGAGAAUCACGGUAAAAAUAAAAAUAAACUAUAGAACAAACGACUUCAUGUUUGAUUUAACUAUAGAAAGUAUAUUUUACCAUACAAGAUGGUUUUCUCUUUUGACCAUGCUAGUUUAUUUAUAACAGUAAAAUAGUUCUUAAAUUAACCGUUUAAGCAUGGUAAAAGUAACAGAUUUAUCUUAUAAAAUUAACAGGCAAACGUUAACAAUCAAUAGUUUAAUUGACAAUUUUGUAGUAGAUAUUACCAUGUUAGUGCAAACCUGGGAUAAUAGUGAAAAAUACAAUAUGUUUUGUUGAAUUAAAUAUGAAAUCACUUCGGUUGAAAAACGUUGGUGCUGGUCUGUUAAGGCUCUAUAAACCGUAAUCAAUUCGAUAAUGACGAUGAUUUUAUCCGAAUCCGCACUAAUACUAAUAAAGUUUUGAACUAAAUUCAAUAUUUUAGGGCUAUUUGUCGACUUACCUCCAUCAUAGCAUAUUCAUUACAUUUUCAUAUCAAUUUUUCACUUAUCUAAAUUAUCAAUUACUGAGGAAUUGCUGAAAAAACGCUGAAAACUGCCUUUUUUCCUGAGUCGGCAUUCGUAUUUUUUCGAACGCAUACUAACUCCGAACGUUCGGAGCAAACACGUACACACGCACUUGAUUUUUCACUUGAUCUUUUUCCACUGUUUCCUUGAUUUAAUC